AUGCCGACACAGCUCUACCCUCCUCGCCCCGGCACCAGCCACAGCACGCGUGCCGCUACCUUUGGCAGCAGCACCGUCCCCCCUCUUCCCGCCAUUCCGCAACAUGCCCUGCAAUCCCAGCCGUACCAGCACCAACAGCAACAGCAAGUACGCGGUGGAGGCGGGCCCCCGGUCACCAUCGCUCCCAACGCAAACUACUACCCAUUCCCGCCGCCACUGCGCGGCACCAGCGCGCGCAGCCACGAGACGGUCGUUUCGCACCGCACCGUGCUCAGCCGCAUGCAGGGCAAGGCCCGCGCCGGGCUCGAGGAAAACGAGCGCGCCAACGCCGAAAAGCGCACCGCGGCGCAAGAGGCGGCGCAGCAACGCGCUGCUGCCGCUGCCGCCGCCGCCGCCUCCUCCGCCAGCCAGACGCCUUCGCCUCGCCAGAAGGACGCUCCGCAGUGGGAACCACAACAACAGGUGGCGUGGGGAAGGGACUUGGUCGGCGAGGGCGUGAUCCAGGCCCAGGAGGAGGCGGACAAGCUGUGGAGGGAGAAGCAGAGGCGGGAGGAGCAGGCGAGGAGGGAGGAUGAGGACCGGAAGAUUCGGAUGGAGAUGGAGAGGUUGACGAGGGAAAAGAUGAGUGUUCUUGCGAGGGGAUGA